ACGAAAGAAUUCAAAUGCUAAUUUUUUUUUUUCUUUUAUGCAAUAGACAUUUUUUAAAUAAAUGUACUCUUAUUUUUAGGAGUAAAUCAAUAAAUAAAUCGCAAUCUGAGAGGCUGUUCGAUGAAAUACUGCAAAACCCAGAUAUUGCAAGAGGGUUUGUGAAAGAAAAUUGCCAGAAGGUGGCCGAAUUCUGCAAGCAGCUUACUUUGGCGUUAAAUAGCGUAGGCCCGCCUAUUAAGACUGAGUUUGAGUGGAAAAAGGCAAGAAGGCUUCACACAACAAAAUGCAUGAAAGAGGAACAGGAGGCGGACCCAAUGGAACACAGACUUUUUCGAGUGCAGAAGAGGCAAUAUACCAACUGCUAGAUAUUAAAGAAUCUGUUGAUGGCAUUGAAACUUCCCAAUGCUAUGGUUUGCCUGCAAAAAAAGCAAGGGUCAAUCCUAAUACGGAAGACUUGUCAGAAAUUGUUGUUUUGGAUGAAGAAGUUCCUGGUAGUAGCGCGUGGGUUUUUGAACCUCCUCAGCAUCAAAGCGAAUAUUCACCAAAGAGCAGCAAGCAGCCAAACAGUGCAACGAAGCCCAAAAAGCAAACAAGUAGUGAAUUGGUCAUAAAAGAGCUGGAAACACAACAAGAACUAUGCACUAAAGUAGGCGAAACUUUGGAAGAGAUGAAGACGCAAAAAAGAAAUGCAAUACGGUACAAAAAAGAUAUAUCUUACAUUAGAACGUUUAUCCGAUCAAAAUGAAAAAAAACUAAAUGAAAUGGAAAGAAAUAAUUUAGAAUUGGAAAAGUUGCGUAAAAUAGAAAUCGAAAACCUAAUUGCAACAAAUCGAAGGACGUUAGAAUUAAAGGAACUAAAAAUAGAAAUUUUGCGAAAUUGCCAAUCCAAAGACUAAAAAUAAUUUAAGUAAGACUGAUUUUUAUCAUUUUAAAUACAGUGGCGAACUAAAAUAUUGGCACAGCUAAUUUUUCAUAUCUGCUAAAAUAUUUAAUGUAAUAAAAGUGUUUGCAAUAUCUGUACGAAUGCGCUGACCUUCUGUCAGAUAAAUACAGUUGACUUCGACAAUUUGUUGAUUAUCUGCCCUGCAAA